CUAUUACGGUAUCCGACGAAUGCCACUCCCGCGAAUGGCAUUCGAUUCGCAUUCCCCUCGCAUGUUGAAGUUUGCGGUAUUCCCAUAAACGUCGGAUGGCUGCUUUAUCGACUCACGCAGCGGAUUGUGUCAAACGCUUUUUGACAUUUCUCGAAUUGUCAUUUUUAAUUAAUUUGUGUUUGGAAAAAAUUAAAUUUGUGUUAAAAUGGAUUCGAUUGCUUUUUAUUUUAACAAUGAUGAAGAUGAAAGUAGUUCCGCAAGUGUAAGAAGGUCCGUGAGGGAUAGAGCACCUAACAUUUUUAAACUGACAGACAUAGAGUUUAUUAAACAAUUUCGAGUAAAUAAAAAUGCAUAUAAACAUAUUUCAAGCAUAAUUUGCGGUAAAAUUCCUCCCGUGAUAAAAUCCACAGCAAUUAGUCGGCAACAAAAGCUAUCUUUAUGUCUGCGAAUCUUAGCAGAAGGAAGCUACCAAAAUGCUGUUGGCAAAGACUACAUGCUUGGUAUGGCUCAACCAACAGUUUCUAAGAUAUUUUCAGAGGUUAUUGAUAUUCUGGAAAACGAGUUGUGUGAUAAGUGGUUGAAUUUAAAAAUGAAUGACGAGGAGCAAAUGGAGUCUCGGAGUUACUUUUACAACAAAUCGAAAAUUCCCGGGAUUGUAAUGUGCAUUGAUGGUACGCACAUAAGGAUAGCAAAACCUACAGGCUCAAACUCUCACCUUUUUUAUAAUAGAAAAGGCUUCUAUAGUCUCAAUGUGCUUGUUAUAUGUGAUCAUAAACAGCGCAUAAGGUACGUUAACGCGAAAUACCCAGGGUCAGCUCACGAUUCAUUUGUUUGGUCUAACAGCGACGUAUCACAAUACUUCCAAGCACAAUAUGAAGGUGGUAAUCGAAAUCUGCGACUAUUAGGUGACGCAGGGUACGGUCUCGCACCCUGGCUUAUAACUCCUUUUCGGAACCCUGCACCUAAUACUCCUUCAAGUCGCUUUAACAAAUGGCAUAGUUCUGGGCGAAACAUUAUAGAGAGAACUAUUGGUGUUUGGAAAAACUGGUGUAGAUGUCUUCUGUCUGCGCGCCAACUUCAUUAUUCUCCUGAAAAGGCUGUGAAAAUAAUCAAUGUAGCUGCGGCACUACACAAUUUACGCAUUCACUACAAUAUCCAUGAUGAGUAUCUUGAUCACGUAACUAAUGAGGAAGAUUCAGACACCGAUUUCCAAGAAAUCGAGCGACCGGAGAGGUAUUAUACUGAAGCAGUUCAACUACGUAAUCAAAUGCUCCAAAGUUUUUUGUCAUAAGUUUUAUUUUAUUAUAAAUAAAAUUGCUGCCUUCAUGGCUAAAGCUAAACUAAAUAUGUAUUGCUGCCUUCAUGGCUAAAGCUAAACUAGAUAUGUAUUGCUGCCUUCAUAGCUAAACUUAAACUAUAUCUACUACUUCUUUAGCGCAUUUUUCACUCCCUGUAUCUCCAAUUCUAAAAGUUGCUCCUUAACUUUGGUCUUGUGCCGCAAUAAUUGUUCCGUUACCAAAUUAUGUCUUUUUGUCUCGGCAACUAAGUUCCCUAGUAUGGAGCGCAUACCCUCAACGUUGUUGUUGAGACUGCUCAUUGUUUUUUGCAUUUUUUUUUAAUUAUUUGCUACA